GGGUAUGGAGUAUUAUGGGCAUGAUAUGAUAUGAUAUAAAGCCCCCCCUCGGCGGCCGUGCGUGUAGCAGUCCGUCAAUCCGUCCGCCCAAAAUCCGUUCAAUCCGUCCGCCCAUCCAUCACCGAUGCCUCGCCCUCUGCCCCUCCUUCUGGUCCUGAUCCACCUCCUCCUCUUUGCCCUCGUCCACGCCUCACUCGACAGCGCGAUCAAGCUCUCGGGCAAGCUCUACUUCGGCACGGCGCUCGAUCCACGACACCUAUCCGAUACGCGGUGCGAGCCCAUUGCGCGCCGCGAGUUCGGCAGCAUCACCACCGAGAACACCCUCAAGUGGGGCGAGACCCAGCGGGUGCGCGGAAAUUUCACGCUCGAGGACGCGGAGACAGUGGUAGGAUGGGCCAUGGGCGCGGGGAAGACGGUUAGGGGACAUGCGCUCGUGUGGCAUGGCGGCGUGCCGGACUGGGUAGAGCAGAUCCAGACGGCGGAGGAGAUGCGCUCUGUGCUGCAGGCGCAUAUCACCACGGUUGUCAGCCGGUUCCGCGGGCGGCUAUACGCGUGGGACGUGGUCAACGAGGUGUUUAACGACGACGGCUCGUGGCGGGAGUCGGUGUUCUUCCGGCUUUUAGGCGCGGAAUACGUUCGCCUCGCGUUUCGAGCUGCUAAUGCAGCGGAUCCGGAGGUGAAGCUGUAUCUUAACGAUUAUCAUAUUCAUCACCAGGGGCCGAAGUUGGAUGCCGUGAUCAGGCUCGCACAGGACCUAAGGGCAGAGGGGGUUCCGAUACAUGGAAUCGGCAGUCAAACGCAUCUGGUCGUUGCGGAUGGGAAUACGCCCGGUAUGGCACAGUCACUGCAACACCUCGCGACCUCCACCGGCCUCGAAAUCGCAUUGACCGAAGUCGACGUGCGAAUCCCGCAGCCGGCGAACCGACGGAAGCUGCGCGAGCAGCACGGCGACUACGAAUACACCGUGGCGGCAUGUCUGGCCGUGCCGCAGUGCGUCGGCGUCACCGUCUGGGGCAUCAGUGAUCGAUACUCGUGGGUUGACGAUAGUGAGGAGACGCGGGGGUAUGAUGCCCCGCUCAUGUGGGAUGUCAGGUAUGUAAAGAAACUCGCGUAUGAGGGCGCUAUGAAGGGGAUUGAGGGGAGGGGGAGGGCACCGAGGAGGAGGAGGGGUUGAUGAAGGGGCGUGGGUUGGGGUUGG